GGCGGGUAGAAAUCGGAAAUGGGAAAAGAGAGAGAUACGAUAACUCGAUGAGAAGGCGAGGGGAUUGGAUUGGGAUGGGGAUUCAUGUGUAACUGUCGCAUUUGAGGAGUGCAAAGAGAGCGAAGUUGGUGUCGGUGAAGAGGAUGCCUGAUGUGGCAAGCAGUGAGAGCAUGAGUAGAGCAUGGCCAGCGACGAUGAAGGCAGGGAAGGUCCUGUAUGAGAUGGCAACGCAUGGUAUCUAAGUAAGGAGCGAUGGAAUUGAGCGAUUGAGUUGAGUUGAGUUGAUUUCAAGCUCCUAGAGAGCACACCGACUUCAUAGAGAUCUAUCUCUGAGUACCCUAUUUAAGAGCACAUUUCCCCACUGUAGUCGACCUGGGCACUCAAGACUCCAAAAAUCACCAGAACGAUCUAAAAAACCCCUCAAGCAAAAUAAAAGUUAUAAAUCUCCUCCACCAUCUUCAAUCCCCAAUAACUUUACCCACCUUACCUGUUCCGUACGUCGUACCUGAAAAACAUGUCCAAAUCCGCCUGCCGCCAAACCAAACGCACCAGCAACCCCCACUCUGACCGCCUAGCCCCGUCUCAGCAGCACCACCGCCAAUUCUGCCAGCCUCGGACCGCCACCACCACAGCUACACCUGGCCGCCCCUCCGUCAACCUCAAAUACCAACAACGCCGCGAAAUGCUUUCGCGAUCACAACGCCUCACUCGCGCCAUUGCGCGGCAGCAGAUAUGUAGACGGCUUGGUGCAGCCGCCGCCAACACCGCCCUCGCACGACCCCUCUCAACAACCAUCCCCCUCCUCACCACCACCCCUCCCCCCUCCACCUGGACAUCCCCCUACCCCUCCUCCACCGACUUCCGCUCCGACGUCGUCACCAGUCCCACCGCCUCCAUGCUGCACGCAAUCAGCAGCGCAACCCUCCUCGACGACGUCUUCUGCGAAGACCCCUCUACCAUCUCCCUCGAGACGCGCCUCGCCUCCCUCACCGGUCACGAAUCCGCCCUCCUCGUCCUCUCCGGCACAAUGGGGAACCAACUCGCCCUGCGCGCGCUCCUGACUCAGCCUCCACACGCGGUAUUAUGCGAUGAGCGCGCGCAUAUCCUUGAGUGGGAGGCUGGGGGGGUGGCGAGUUUGAGCGGUGCGUUGGUGCAGGGGGUUGUGGCGGGGAAUGGGAGGUUUUUGACGUUAGAGGAUGUGAAGAGGAAGGUUGUGUUGUCGGAUGAUGUGCAUGCUUGUCCUACGCGGGUUAUCUCGCUGGAGAACACGUUGGGGGGGAGUAUAAUGCCGUUGGAUGAGACGAGGAGGAUAGCGGGGUGGGCGAGGGAAAAUGGGAUUUUGAUGCACCUUGAUGGUGCGAGGUUGUGGGAGGCUGUUAUUGCUGGGGCGGGGGGGUUGGAAGAGUAUACGAGGUGUUUUGAUACGGUGAGUUUGUGCUUUAGUAAGGGACUUGGGGCGCCGAUUGGGAGUAUCCUCCUCGGUAGUAAGGAGGUUGUCAAGCGGGCGCGCUGGGUACGGAAGAGCAUCGGCGGGGGGCUACGACAGAGUGGUGUCGUAGCAGCAGCUGCGCGAGUUGGGGUUGAAGAGACUUUCCUGGGGGGGAAGUUGAAGAGGGGCCAGGAGAUGGCGAAGAGAGUAGGGGAGAUGUGGGAGAGUAAGGGGGGGAGGCUGGAGAGAGAGGUAGAGACGAAUAUGGUGUGGCUUGAUUUGGAGGCGGCGGGGGUGGGGGAGGAGGAGUGGGUGAAGGCCGCGGGAAGGAGGGGGGUUAAGGUUGGUGGGGGGAGAGUGGUGGUGCAUUAUCAGGUUACGGAGGAGGCGGUGGGAGCGUUGGGGGAGGCGAUGGGGGAGGUGCUUGGGAGGGAGAGGGGGGAGGGUGGUGGGGAGGGGAAGAAGGUUGGGUUUAAGAGUUAUGGGUGA